ACAACGGAAUAUUUAAAUUAUGUGCUCUUCACCUUACUCAGCAUUCUUAUGCAAUAAACUUUUUAGAAAUGUGGCAAUAGUUAACCAACAUGCCAUACAUGCAACAUGCAUGGUGUUGCGGAAUGCCAUCGGUAAGAACGGCUGGGGUGGAUUUGUGUCAAGCUAUAGGCGGCUGGUGGUCACGUGAUGGAGAGCCGCUCCAUGCUUGAUCGCUCUGAGCUUGGUAAGAAUGGGCACUUUAUAGAGGGGAAUGCAGUGAUCCAUUAUGAGGGCCGCAGAGGUUCCUGCGUGGUUUCUUCCAUCAUGGAACCCACUGCAAAGAAGAUAUUUAAGGGAAUUGUAUUCCUGGAGGUGGCAGGUGUUUUUGGAGCCUAUGCUUUAUUCCAUAAAAUGAAUGUGAGCCAAGAUUUCAGGCAUACGAUGAAUAGAAGAUUCCCCUCAGUUUUGGAAGUAUACUAUAAAUCAAAUGAAUGGGCAGGCAUAUAUGGCAUUCGGGAAAAUGAUGCAGAAGCAUGGACUACAAAGAAAGAUUGAUGUAAAGCCUCCAGUGCUGCUGCUUCCAUGAAUCAAGAGCUAAGAUCUACACACUGGAAACAUAUCCUGGAAAUAUUUGGCUAGUAUCUAGCUGUUAUGUUGAGAGACAGAUGCAUUAAAUUGGAUGUUUCUUGUGUACAUUUCUGGGGCCUCACUUAAAUGUUUUUGUCACUGUGUAAGUUCUGUUUCAUAUUCACCGAAUUCAGGAAUUGGUUCACAAUGUGGAUGAAUUUCAUUGCUGUUAAAAAUAAUGGUAUUAAAAAUUCAGAUAUUCAAAGGUUCUAAAAGGGGUGGUUCACUUGACAUCACCUGAAUGAUUCAAAAAAUAUUGUUUGCUUAGAGGCCCACUUAAAUAGGUACUUGUUGACUGUAUUGGAUGUGUUAUA